GUCAAGAUGGCGGUUUCCAUUACGUGGGGUACUUGUAGCUCAAAGCGCAGCGUGAGACGUCGCUGUCUCCAUCACUGCCGGGCGCUAGAAACCCGUGCAUGCCACGACACACGACGCACAGAAUACACCAGUUGUCUGUACGUGAGGGCUGUCCCCUCACGCCAUUUUGCUCCAGUUCCUGUGAAUGGAGAGUAGGCAGAGCUGCGCGCCUCUACGCAUCGCCCUCUCUCUCCCAUUUAUAUCUUUGGUUUGGGCCCACGUGUGUAGUCAAUGUGGAUGUGGAUGCAUCGUAGCAAUUGGUCUACAGUUGAUAAUAUAUAUCUAAAUACAACACGUGUGAACUCUUUGCUGUUCGUUGAAUUACGUCAAUUAAAGUACUGACUCUGGAAGCAGUUAUUUGACUCCAGAGGGCUACGAUGAAGUACAUCCUGGUGACCGGUGGGGUCAUCUCUGGCAUUGGUAAAGGAAUCAUCGCCAGCAGCGUCGGUACGAUCCUCAAGUCCUGCGGCCUGCAUGUGACCGCCAUCAAGAUCGACCCGUACAUCAACAUAGACGCCGGCACUUUCUCCCCAUACGAACACGGUGAAGUGUUUGUGCUGGACGAUGGGGGCGAGGUGGACCUGGACCUGGGCAACUACGAGCGCUUCCUGGACAUCCGGCUGACCAAGGACAACAACCUGACCACCGGCAAGAUCUACCAGUCGGUCAUCAACAAGGAGCGCAAGGGCGACUACCUGGGCAAGACUGUGCAGGUGGUGCCACACAUCACAGACGCCAUCCAGGAGUGGGUGAUGAAACAGGCCAGGGUGCCUGUAGAUGACGACGAGGUGGAGCCUCAAGUCUGUGUGAUUGAGCUGGGAGGGACCGUUGGAGACAUCGAGAGCAUGCCCUUUGUCGAGGCCUUCAGACAGUUCCAGUUCAAGGUGAAGAGGGAGAACUUCUGCAACAUCCACGUCAGCCUCAUACCACAGCCCAGUACGACCGGGGAGCAGAAGACUAAACCCACACAGAACAGCGUCCGGGAGCUGAGGGGCCUGGGCCUGUCUCCUGAUCUGAUCAUGUGUCGCUGUGCGAAUGCUCUUGAAAACGCAGUCAAAGAGAAGAUAUCCAUGUUUUGCCACGUGGAGCCCGAACAGGUGAUCUGCGUGCACGACGUCUCGUCCAUCUACAAAGUGCCCCUGCUGCUUGAGGACCAGGGCGUGGUGGGCUACUUCAGCCGCCGGCUGGACAUGCACAUAGAGGGGCGGCCUCGGAAAAUGCUGGCCAAGUGGAAAGAGAUGUCCAACAGGGCUGACAGACUCCUAGAGCACUGCUCCAUCGCGCUGGUCGGGAAGUACACCAAGUUCUCCGACUCCUACGCCUCCGUGAUCAAAGCUCUGGAGCACUCAGCGCUAGCCAUUAGCCACAAGCUUGACGUCAAGUACGUGGACUCUGCUGAUCUGGAGCCAGGCAUGCUCCAGGAAGACCCGGUGAGGUACCAUGAAGCCUGGCAGAAACUCUGCAGCGCUGAUGGCAUCCUGGUGCCCGGGGGGUUCGGAGUCCGGGGAACGGAGGGCAAGAUGUGCGCCAUCAACUGGGCUCGAAAGCAGAAGAAACCCUUCCUCGGGGUGUGCCUUGGAAUGCAGUUGGCCGUUUGUGAAUUUGCCAGGAAUAUUCUUGGCUGGGAAGAUGCCAACUCCACGGAAUUUGACCCAGAAUCGAAACAUCCAGUGGUGAUUGACAUGCCAGAACACAAUCCAGGGCAAAUGGGUGGGACCAUGAGGCUAGGGAAAAGACGGACCAUUUUCAAGACGACCAACAGUGUAUUACGAAAACUUUAUGGAGACGUGGAAUACGUCGAUGAGAGGCACAGACACCGUUUUGAGGUCAACCCGGAGCUGAUAGGACACUUCGAGGAGAAGGGGCUCCACUUCGUAGGUCAAGAUGUGGAAGGAGAACGAAUGGAGGUCAUAGAACUGGACGAUCAUCCAUACUUUGUUGGCGUCCAGUACCACCCCGAGUUCACCUCCCGCCCAAUCAAGCCUUCCCCCCCCUACUUUGGUCUGCUGUUGGCCUCCGCUGGCAAGCUGCCAGGCUUCCUCCAGAAAGGCUGCCGUCUCUCUCCAAGGGACACAUACAGUGAUAAAAGUGGGAACAGCUCAGACUCGGAGAUAUCAGAAUUAAAAAUGCCAUCUCUUUCACAAGACUAACAUCUCAAACAGUCUUGAAAAACAUGAGGAAGAAACCCAUGAUCUGGAUUAGGACACCACUCCCACGCUCCCGGACCGUGACCAAAGUGGAUGAAAUUGUGCGUUUGUUCCAUGAACAUUGUGCUCUAGACCAAUGACUUGGGUAACCGGCAACAUCUGAACCACGCUUGUGCUAAUGGAAUGACAUUUAUGUAUAUAUUCCUUUUUGUGGUCAAAUUUCAUUUUUUCAUUUCCACAUUAAAAUAGUUUUUAUUAAUCUAAA